AUGGAUUCUGACGACGAUUACAAUGGCCCUGCCGAUACCAAUCCUCGCUUAGAAGAUGAGGAGUCUGACCUAGAUGAAAAAUAUCCCAACCGCCCACGAAAUCAUUCCACUACUUUACCGUUUCAUGUUUUGUUCCAGACGCUUUUCUAUCCAUUGAGUGAGAUCAAAAAGAAGCCAGCUGGACCUGCGCGCAAGAAGGUCGGCCCUCAUGGACUGUCUAGCGUUAAUCUAACUCCAUUGGAAAAACGGCGAGAUAUUAUCGACCGCUUCAUCUCAAGAUGGAGGAAGGAGGUCGGGGACGACAUAUACCCCGCUUUUCGAUUGAUUCUUCCCGACAAAGAUCGGGAUAGGGCAAUGUACGGAAUGAAGGAGAAGGCUAUCGGGAAGCUUCUAAUCCGAAUUAUGAAAAUCGAUAAGAAUUCGGAGGAUGCUCUCAAUCUCUUAAACUGGAAAUUGCCCGGACAAACGACUACGUCUAGUAUGGCUGGUGAUUUCGCAGGCCGAUGCUUCGGUGUACUCUCAAAGCGGCCAAUGCGCACGGAAGUGGGUGAUAUGACCAUCGAGGAAGUGAAUGAGAAACUCGAUCAUUUAUCCGCGGCGUCUAAGGAAAAUCAACAGUUGCCGAUCUUGACGGAAUUCUACCGACGAAUGAACCCAGAAGAGCUCAUGUGGCUUAUCCGUAUCAUCCUACGACAGAUGAAGGUUGGAGCGACGGAGCGCACCUUCUUUGAUGUGUUCCAUCCAGACGCGGAGAAUCUGUACAGCAUUUCGAGUAGUCUUCGGCGCGUCUGUUGGGAACUGCACGAUCCUAAUAUCCGGCUUGAGGCUGAAGAUAGAGGGAUCACGUUGAUGCAAUGUUUCCAACCGCAGCUGGCUCAAUUUCAGAUGCACUCACUGGAUCGGAUGAUUAGCCGGAUGAGGCUGACGGAAGAUGAUCCGGUUUUCUGGAUUGAGGAAAAACUUGAUGGGGAGCGUAUGCAGCUUCAUAUGGAUUCGAACGACUCGGUACCAGGGGGUAGAACGUUUCGCUUCUGGUCAAGAAAAGCCAAGGACUACACAUAUCUCUAUGGGAAUGGCAUCCAAGAUGAGAAUGGUGCUUUGACAAGAUACCUCAGCGAUGCGUUUGCAGAUGGAGUGGAGAGCUUGAUUCUGGAUGGCGAAAUGAUUACUUGGGAUACUGAACAGGAUGCCAUUGCCCCCUUUGGCACGCUUAAGACGGCCGCACUAUCCGAACAGAGAAACCCGUACUCGAGCACUACCCGGCCCUUGUUCCGUAUCUUUGACAUACUGUAUUUGAACGGACGCGAUCUGACAAGGUACACUCUUCGUGACCGCCGAAACGCAUUGCAGAAAAGUAUCAAACCUGUUUAUCGCAGGUUUGAAAUCCACCCUUACGAAGAAGCUACGGGCAAAACUGAGAUCGAGGAAGCCCUGCGAAGAGUCGUGGAAGAGGCUUCCGAGGGCUUGGUACUUAAGAAUCCCAGGUCACCCUAUCGCCUGAAUGAAAGACACGAUGAUUGGAUGAAGGUUAAGCCGGAAUAUAUGACUGAGUUCGGAGAGUCGUUGGAUGUCGUCGUGAUUGGAGGGUAUUAUGGAUCUGGUCAUCGGGGUGGUGGCCUUUCAAGCUUCUUAUGUGGGUUAAGGGUCGAUGAUGCUCAUUCCUCACAAGGAAUGGUGGCAUCUAAGUGUUAUUCGUUCUGCAAGGUAGGAGGAGGCUUUACUGCAGCUGAUUAUGCAAACAUCCGGCACCACACGGACGGUAAAUGGCACGAGUGGAAAUCCAGGAAACCUCCCACGACAUACAUAGAACUGGCAGGCGGAGAUGCGCAGUACGAGCGCCCAGACAUGUGGAUAAAACCAGAAGACUCGGUGGUUCUCUGCGUUAAGGCAGCUUCAGUAGCUGUCAGUGAUCAGUUUCGUAUCGGACUGACGCUACGCUUUCCGCGCUUCAAAAAGCUGCGUAUGGACAAAGAUUGGAAAAGCGCUCUCUCAGUACAAGAGUUCCUCGACUUAAAAGCCAAUGCGGAACGAGAGCGUAAAGAGAAAGAAUUCAAUGUGGAUAAUUCACGCAAGAAACGGGCGAAGAGGGAUAACAAGAAGCCUUUAGCUAUUGUCGGGUACAGUGCGGAAGCAGAAGCUCAGUACACCGGGCCAUCUGGCAAUAUCUUCGAAGGGCUAAAUUUCUACAUUACAACCGACUCAAACACACCGGUCAAAAAGUCAAAGGCGGAGUUAGAACAGCUCGUGAAGGCUAAUGGGGGCAAGUUCUUUCAGACGAGUAAUGCUGCUCCGAGCACAAUUUGUAUCGCCGACAGAAGGACUGUGAAAGCUGCGUCCCUUCAAAAAAGCGGCAAUGUCAAUAUUAUCCGGCCUUCUUGGAUCCUUGAUUGUAUUAGGCAGAGUGAAAUAGACGCGGGUUUGCCUGAUUCUCUUCUUCCUCUCGAACCCAGACAUGUCUUCUUCGCGACUCAGGACAAGAAGGAGGAGAUUGCAGCGAGCGUCGAUCGGUUCAAUGAUAGUUAUGCCCGCAACACCACCAAUGACGAACUGAAGGAGAUCUUAAAGCAGAUGAGCAAGGAUCAUCACUUUCACGCUUCGCAGAAUCCCAAAAUCGUCCGAAAACUCAACGAGCGUAUCCAGGAGAAAGUCAAUGCCGGAUGGGAGAUGCCUUCCGGCUGGCUGUUCAAGGGUCUGACCAUCCUCUUUCCUCAGAAUGACAAAGUGGAUGAUGCAGAAGUAGACGAGACGUCACAAACGCAUCAGCAAUACCGUCUUAAUCUAGCACGCAACACUGUACGGUUUGCGGGAGCGAAUGUUGUGGAUUCGAAAUCUUCGUCGGUAACUCACAUCGUCGUAGCUCCGGGCAGCUCAUCUUCAGACGUCUCUUCGAUCCGCAAAUCGCACUCAGCGAAACCGGGAAAGAAGGUGCCACACCUCGUCACUGCCGAAUGGAUAGAGGAGUGCUGGAAACAGCGGACGCUGUUGGGCGAAGAGGGGUUCCAGCCGUCCAGAGGUACCUAA